UCUCAUCAGCUCAUUAGAUACGCUGCACCUUGCAUUGCAUUCGGUGCGUUGAAAUCUACUCUGAGGAAGUUCUUAAAUAGUUUGAAUCUUCUCUCGCAUUGUAUCAUUGCAAGUCGGUUGAUUGAAUUAAGAGGUUGUCGUGUGCAUUGUCAAGUUAGGUGAAAAUAUUUGGAUAACUAAUGGAAAGAACUAAGUUUCGAGACUCGAUAGGACUUGUCGUACUGCUUUGUGUGAGUGGAUGCUUAAGUCAACAAAACUCAUUAUUCCAGCAGAAUCCUUAUCGAAGGCAACAAGGACUUUUGAGACAACAACCAUUUCCCACUCCACUGCCACCAAUUGUGACACCGCCUACAUAUAGGGGUUAUCAACAAUACAAUCCACAAGGUUUUGUGCCCAUCACUGCCUAUCAGAAUGAAAUUAACUAUGAUGGAAGUUUUGCUUAUGGAUAUUCAUCGGGUGAUGGAACUACAGCUCAAGCUCAAGGUUAUAUAAAGAAUCCAGGAGUGAAAGAUCUUGAGGCACAAGUGGUACAAGGAUCAUAUUCAUAUACAUCGCCUGAAGGAACUCCGAUUCGAGUAACAUAUAUUGCUGAUGAGAAUGGUUUUCGAGCAGAAGGUGCUCAUAUACCCACACCUCCCCCAAUUCCAGAUGCAAUUGCUAAAUCCUUACAGUACAUUGCGAGUCUUCAACCUUAUAAUCAAAAUAUCAAUCCAAAUCUCAAUCCUUACCAAACUCCACUGCAACCAUUUCAAGGACAACAAACUCUUCGUCCAGGACAAUUAAAUCCAUUGCAAUUGCAAAAAAAUAUAUAUGACCAGCAAAAUUCUGGACAAUAUCAACCAGAUAAUCAAUUCCCUCAACUUCAACAAAGACCAUUUGGUCAGCAAUUCCAGGAAACUGGAACCACAACAAUACCACAACAUCAGCAGCAGCAAAAUCUACAACAGCAACAACAAAAACAAAAUAUUCAACAACAGCAACAACGUCAGCAACAACAACAACAAGAGCAGCAGCAACAAAACCAACAACAGCAGCAAUUAUUGACGCAACAGUUGCAGGGACGUCCAAAUCAGAUUGUUAAUCCAUAUGGAUAUAAUAAGUAUCGUCGAUUUAAGAAAUCAGUAGCAACUACUACUGCUGCUGCUAUAAAAGAGUAGAAUUUAUCCUUAUAAAAAUCCCUGGUGCAACUUGAACUGCUAAAUAAUUGUAUAAAUGUAUCCUUUGAAAAUAUUCAUUUAUUAUAAUAGUUUUAAGGGUAAACCAGAUAAAUUAUUCUUAAAGGUAUUUACUAAUAUAUAGUUAUUUUCUUAUUCAUACAUACAUAAAUGCAUACAUAUACUCUAACUCAA